UGAAAAUCUGAUGAAAUGAGUGAAAAAUAACAACAAAAAAAUGAUGAAAUCUUAAAAUAAAAUCUGAAAUUUAUUUUAAACUCAGGUUUUGUUUACGAAAAUAUGGACUGAAAUCCGUAUAUAAUAUAAGAGUUAUAUAUUUUUGUGAUAAAUAUUUUGGUGAAAAGCGAAACAACAUAUGAUUUAAUGAAUAAUCAAAUGGUUUUAAAUGAGAAACAAUUGAUUGAAGGCUUUGGAGACGAAGUGGUGUUAUUUGGCGUGACUUUCACUGUCAUUGCGAUCACAACACUGUUUGUUGUGUUUAAACGGUGUCGAAGUGCUUAUGAGAAUCGGAUCCAUCCAUCAAACGAGUCUGCGGUGAACGAAACGCGCGAACAAUUAUCGCAAUUAUUUUCCGAUCGCUUCAUAAGAAAUACGGACAAUAAUAAUGAAAAUAAUGUUAAUUUAGUCAAUUCUAAUCACUACGGAAUGGAUAAUCACUGUCCCGUCUGUUUAAAUGAACCCCGAUUUCCCAUCGAAACCAAUUGUGGACAUCUCUUUUGUGCGCAAUGUCUGAUCGUGUAUUGGCGUCACGGGCAGUGGAGGGGCGGCCCAAUCAAGUGCCCGGUGUGUCGGCAACAGGUGAGCAUAUUGUUGCAGUGCUUCCCUCCGAGUACCACAGUAUCCGAAGAAGAACUCAAUGAAAGGGCGCGUAUUUUGCAUGACGUGAAUGAUUAUAAUAGAAGAUAUUCAGGAGCGCCC